CCUCUCUGAGUGACCUUCACGCAGGCUUCCCUGCCAGCAGUAACUGAAGUGUUAAGUGGACUCAGUGGCGGGUGAGGCAGUCGUCACCAGCUGGCGUGGGGUGUGGAAGCGUGGUUCCCGCACAGUAAUAUACUUCCAUCACUAUUCUAAAAGGAGAAUCAGUAAUGACGAGAGUGGCUGUGAUGGUGGUGGUGUUGGUGGCGGCAGUGUUGGGGCAAGAGGCAGUACUGCCGGUAGUGAACACUGAGGAAGGCAGGAUCUCUGGCCUCAGGGAACACUCUCUCAGUGGAGCUGCCUUCUACGCCUACAGGUCUAUCCCCUUUGCCCAGCCUCCUGUUGGAGACCUGAGAUUCAAGGCACCCGUGGCCAGUCCCAGGUGGGACGGUGUUCGGGAUGGCUCGUCUGAACCCCCACUUUGCUUACAACCGGACUUCGGAAACAUGUUAACAAAACCGAAAGAACUGCACGGCUCUGAGGAUUGUCUCUACCUCAAUGUGUUUACGCCCUCGGAGCCUGGUAGCGGCAGGAGGGACUUGCCUGUGAUGGUCUUCAUCCACGGCGGCGCCUUCUUCUGCGGGAGCGCCAGCGACUCCGGUCCCAACGUCCUUCUCAUCCACGACAUGAUACUGGUGGUGAUGCAGUAUCGCUUGGGAGUGCUAGGCUUCCUCUCCACGGAGGACGACGCUAUCCCUGGCAACUUCGGGCUGCUGGACCAGGUCCUGGCACUGCAGUGGGUGCAAAGGAACAUCCACCACUUCGGUGGUGAUCCACAGAAGGUCACCAUCUUCGGAGAGAGCGCCGGCGCUGCUUCCGUCAGCUACCACCUACUGUCGCCCAAGUCCCGAGGUCUCUACUCCCGGGCCAUCAUGCAGUCUGGGUCUGCCCUCAACCCGUGGGCGCACUCCAAGUCUCGUCGGGAUCUGGCCCUUCACGCCGGUCGGACAGUAGGAUGUGGGGAGCUGGAGGACAGUCACGGCCUCCUGGGCUGUCUCCAGCGGGCAGACGCAGACAAACUCGCUUCUGUUCUGCUUGACUUCUUUGUAAGCUGUGGCAUUUGGCGUAUUGUUGUUAUUUGAUUGCGUUCUCUCUUG